CAAUUGAUGUCAAAUAUUUCAAAAACUGUCAUAACAAAAGCUCAUCAUGUGUUGUGAUAUUAUUGGUGUUUAAAGUUUCAUUAAUAGUUUGUUAAUUAUUGCAAAAGUAAUAAUGGGUACCACAGGGCAAUCAAUAACAUUAGCAAAUAGUAUAAUAGGUGUCGGUAUAUUGGCUAUGCCAUUCUGUUUUCAACAAUGUGGAGUAUUAUUAGCUGGUCUAAUACUCUUGCUGAUGGGCUUUGUGUCAAGGUUGUGUUGCCAUUUUUUACUAAAAUCUGCAAUUAUUACAAGGAGAAGGACAUUUGAAUUUUUAGCAUUUCAUGUGUUUGGACCAGCGGGCAAGUUAGCUGUAGAACUAGGUAUUAUAGGUUUUCUAAUGGGUACAUGCAUAGCAUAUUUUGUGGUUGUUGGUGAUUUGGGACCUCAAAUUAUUGCAAAGAUGUUUAAUAUUAAUCAAAGUGAUAUCUUAAGGACCUCAAUUAUGGUGAUAGUAUCAUUAGUAUGUGUGUUGCCGUUGGGAUUAUUAAAAAAUGUUGACAGCUUGAGUAAUGUUAGUGCGGCAACAAUAUGCUUCUACUUCUGUUUGGUGAUAAAAGUAAUAUUCGAAGCAACCUCUCAAUUAUUGACCAAUGACUGGCAUAUUCGUAUUGAGACGUGGAAGCCAUCCGGAGUGUUGCAAUGUGUGCCUAUAUUCUCUAUGGCCUUAUUUUGCCAAACACAAUUGUUUGAGAUCUUCGAGUCGUUACCCUCUCUGUCACUGGAGAAGAUGAACUUGGUGACGAAGAAUGCAAUCAACAUCUGCACAGCGGUGUACUUUACACUAGGCUUCUUUGGUUAUGUGGCAUUUAGUUCACAGAAUAUAUCAGGCAACAUUCUGAUGAGCCUGAGUCCAACACUGGGCAGUGACGUCAUCAAGCUGGGCUUCGUGAUGUCGCUGGCGUUCAGUUUCCCGCUCAUUAUAUUCCCCUGCAGAGCCAGUCUUUACUCAUUCCUAUACAAGAAGGUGCAUCCAGCUCAACAUGACCAUAUAAUAAACCACUCGAUCCCAGUGACAACUUUCCGUUGUAUCACAGUAGCGAUUGUAGCAGUCGCUUUGUUCGUCAGUCUGCUACUCCCAGAUAUAGAGGUGGUGUUAGGGCUCCUCGGCUCCACCAUCGGAGUCCUCAUCUGUGUGGUGUUCCCCGCAGCCUGCUUCAUCAAUGUCACCUUCAAGAAUACCAAUGAAAGAUUGCUGGCUAAAGUAAUUUUAGUAUUAGGCCUGAUAAUCUUGGUGCUGGGCACGUACGCCAACCUGCAGGCCGCUGAGAGCAAGUACGACGACAAACUCAUCACACAGGAACGAAUCGACAAGAUCGUGGAAGACUUCUUCCAGAAGAUGGAGAAAGAUGGAGGUGUGAUACCAGUAGCUGAAGUAAAAAGCGACAUUAUCACUAACAGCGUUGAAAACAAAGCUUCUAAAGAGAUUAUAAAAGACUCGGAAGUGCAGCCUCCCAACCCGAUACCACCGGAGUCUCAUUCAGAUGAAAAACCUCCCGAAAAUCCAGUAAAAGCAGAUCCAAAGUUAAAACCAAUCGAACCAGAACAAAAACCUAAAGGUGUAAAAGUAAUUUCUAGUGAAACUCAUCCGAAAGAUUUAAAAAUGAAAUUAGAAGAAGCUAAAUUGAGUAAUGGAAAUGGUAAAGUUGAACAAAACGGUAUCGAGAAAUCAAAGGAAAUCGUAAAACCAGAAUCCAGUCAAGAAAAGAUAGACAUUUUAAAGAAACAACAGCUCAUAGAAACUAUAAAACAACACGGGGAAGAACAAAAAGAGUUGAUAAAAGAACAGAAAGAGAUUUUACAUAAAAUAUUAAAGACCAAAAAGGAACUAGAGAAAGAUAAAAAAGAAAUAGAUGAUAAUGAAGCUAAAAAGAUAGCAGUUGAAAGUAUACAAAAGAUUGCAAAUAUGGCGAUACAGAGUUUAUCCGGAGUUACAGACAAACCGGCGGCUCAGAUAGAUGGAACAGAUAGAAAAGCAGAACCUUUACAAAAGAUAGCUAAUGAAGCUGUCCAAGAAAUAGCAAAAAAAGCUGCAGAAACUUUAGAAGCUAUUGGCGAAAAGAAGGUUCUUGAAGCAAAUCUGCCCAAAUCUGCAGAUAUUAAACCAGAACAACAAAUAAAAGAAGAAAAUGUAGGCAACAAACAGGAUAAUAUCAAUAAAAUAAUAUCACAAAUACAUAAUCUGGACAAUCAAAAUAAUUUACCUCAAGUUAAACAGGAAGUCAAUCUACAAUCGAUUGAAUCACAAAAUAAAGAACAAAACCAACCAAUUAAUAAACAAGAACCUCAAUCACAAAAUGCUAAAAAAGACGUCGAAAAACCUUCAGUAGUUGAUCAAAAAAAAUUGAACAAAGAACAUUUACAUUCAGCAGAUGAACCUCAAUCAUACAAAGAAGGUGAAGAUUCAGUUAAGAAAAAUGUAGCCAGCAUUAGAAAUAUGGCACAAAAUAUACCUUUACCGAUAGCAUUAAAGGGUAAUCAAGAAAUAAAACCAAAUAACUUAGAAAUAAAACCUGAUAAAAAUAAUUUAAAAUAUAGUAAUGGUCUUCCACAAAAUAAGGAAGUUAAACCCAACAUUGAUGUUGAAAAUAAACUAGAAGAAAAUAUUCAACCUGUUUCCAGACAGAAGAGAGAAGUGGUCGAUUGUACGGAAAAAACUAUAUUGAAACCUGAAGAUAAACCAAUUUGUGAGAAACUAAUUGGUACAAAUGAGGUACCGACAGAUGUCAAUAUAAAUGUAGGCUUGCCUAUAAAUCUUCCCUUACACAGUAAUAUACUACGCAGAUCUCUGAAGAGUUAUAAAGAUAAUAAAAGGUGAAAUUAUGGACUUAAAGAAAUUAAUCAUUAUUUUUUUUAUAAAAAUUAAUAUAAGGGCUAUACUUUCCGCCUUAACCAAACUAUUAAAAUUACGCAUUUCUAAUGAAAAAUUGCUAUUUUUGUAUGUCUAAUAAUUCUAGUAAUUUUAAUUCUGUGUUGCAUUUAUAUUUAAAAUCAACCUAUU